UAUGUUCUUAAUGAAGAGUUUUUUGAAGGUGAUGACAACAAGGUUCAUUUUUUUAGUGGACUGAGCAAUUUUAAAUUGCUAUCAUUGAUACUGAACCUUUGUCGUAAACAGAUUGAUCAUCCAAAUUCCAGAAAAUUAACUCCUUUUCAAGAGAUGAUAGUAUGUUUGAUGAGACUUCGCUUAAAUUUAAGUCUGGAAGAUUUGGCUUACAGAUUUAAUAUUUCAAAAGCAACAAUAUGCCGAAUCUUUGACAAGUGGCUGCACAUUUUAUACAUCAGGUUAAGCAGAUUGAUUGUUUGGCCUGAGAGAGAUGUGCUGCAAAAAACUAUGCCCAAAGAAUUUAAAAAAACUAUUGGCAAUAAGAUUGCAGUAAUAAUAGACUGUUUUGAGCUUUUUAUUGAACGGCCUUCGUCAUUAGAUGCUCGCUAUUUGACAUGGUCCCAGUAUAAGCACCAUAACACAGUAAAGUUUUUAAUAGGUGUUACUCCUCAAGGAUCUGUGUCUUUUAUAUCAGAACCUUGGGGAGGAAGGGUUAGUGACAAACACCUAACCGAACAUUCUGGAUUGCUUAAAUAUUUACUGCCUGGAGAUUUAGUGCUAGCAGACAGAGGUUUUAACAUUACAGAUAGUAUUGGAAUUACUGGAGCACAGCUAGCAGUUCCUGCAUUUACCAGAGGUAAACAACAACUCUCUGCAUUGGAAGUAGCAGAAAGCAGAAAGAUGUCUCAUUUGAGAAUCCAUGUGGAGCGAGUAAUCGGUCGCAUUAAAAAUAAUUUUAAAAUUCUAGAGUCAACAUUGCCAAUUGAGCAUGUGACACUAAAGGGACAUGACAGUGUCACAUCAAUAGAAAAGAUUGUACAUGUUAGUUGUGCUUUAAUAAAUUUAUGUAAUAGUGUUGUGCCAUUUGAAUAAAAUCAAGUUUACACUGUGUAAUGUUUUAAUAAAUCUUUAUUUACAAUUUCAGUCUAUUGUUUUGAAUACCAACGUGCUGUCAGUUCUGGUAAUAUACAUAAUUUGAAAAAAUUUCUUGCUUU